GAGAGAGAGAGAGGGCGAGAGAGUGGAAUAUCCAUUCUGUGUGGGACAGGAAAACUGAAUAAAAAACAUCUAGUAACAGAAGAGGGGUAAACAUAUGACAACCAAACGGAGGGACCCUGAAAAGUGAGAACAGGUUAAGAAACCCACUGGAGAACUUCCUGAUUUGGAUUACAUCUGCUCACCUGAUUUUCACUUCCUGUCUCCAUCGGUGACGACGCCUACCAACCGUUGCCAUGGGCGAAAUGGAGGAGCUGCGAAAGGAGGCGGACAACCUCAAAGAUCAGAUCACUGAGGCCCGAAAGGUAGUGCAGGACACCACCCUGCAGGAGGCGGUUGCCGGGACGACGCUUGUGGGACGUGUCCAGCUGAAGACCAGGAAGACGCUGAGGGGUCACCUGGCCAAGAUCUAUGCCAUGCACUGGGGCACUGACACCAAGUUGUGUGUCAGUGCCUCUCAAGAUGGAAAGCUGAUAGUAUGGGACACCUUGACCACCAACAAGGUGAGCGCCAUCCCUCUGAAGUCGUCGUGGGUGAUGACGUGUGCUUACGCGCCCUCAGGGAACAUGGUGGCGUGUGGCGGUCUCGACAACAUGUGCUCCAUCUACAACCUCAAGGGCAAGGACGGCAACGUCAAGGUCAUGCGGGAGCUGGCCGCACACACAGGUUACCUGUCCUGCUGUCGUUUCCUUAGCGACAGUGAGAUCAUCACCAGCUCUGGCGACUGCACCUGUGUUCUAUGGGACAUUGAGACAGGGACAGAGAAGACCAUCUUUGCGGGCCACUUGGGUGACUGCAUGUCCCUGGCCGUGUCCCCCGACUUCAAGAUGUUCAUCUCGGGGGCGUGUGACUUCACGGCCAAACUGUGGGACAUCAGGGAAGCCACCUGCAGACAGACGUUCAGCGGCCACGAGAGUGACAUCAACGCCAUCGGGUUCUUCCCCAAUGGUAAUGCGGUUAUAACGGGCUCAGACGAUGCCACCUGUAAGCUGUAUGACCUGAGAGCAGACCAGGAGCUCAUCACCUACCAGGACUCGGGCAUCAUGUGUGGGGUGACCUCCCUCGCCCCGUCCCUCUCCGGCCGCCUUUUACUGGCCGGAUACGAUGACUUCAACGUCAACAUCUGGGACAUGCUUAAAGCCGAGAGAGUGGGAGUGCUGGCUGGUCAUGACAACAGGGUGAGCUGCAUCGGAGUAUCCUCGGACGGAAUGGCAUGCUGCACAGGAUCCUGGGACAGCUUCCUGAAGAUAUGGAACUGAGCCAGUCCUCUAGUCUAGAGGACAGACAGAACGAAAGACUAAGGAGAGGGGUAUAGAGGAAGAAUAUCAUGAAAACCUGGUAGAUUGACAAGAGUGAUGGGGGGGACUAGGAAGCCAUGGGUGAAAUGUUAUUUAUUUUUAUUGUGCCAAGUCUUAUUCAAUUUGAGAGAAGAAUUGUGACGAGAGAGUCUAUCGUCUCUUCCUUACUUCCGACUCUAAACUUGAGUUAGGCAGGGGGGGACUUUUGUAGAAAAACAUGAUCGUUGCAUCAAUGAAUGAUUGAUUUUAUGUCAAGGUUCAAACUGAAUUCUAGCGUUAUAUGAAUAUAUGUCAAGGUUCAAACUGAAUUCUAGCGUUACAUGAAUAUAUGUCAAGGUUCAAACUGAAUUCGAGCGUUAUAUGAAUAUAUGUCAAGGUUCAAACUGAAUUCUAGCGUUACAUGAAUAUAUUUCCUAUGUCAUAAGAGCAGUUGCCAAAUGGAAACGGUAGAGAUUUGGAUGAAAUAACAGGAUACGACCACGAAAUAAUUGACCACCGAUAAGACUGUGUAGGUUAACAAUAACUAGGACGUGACAUGCUUUUAUAUUUGAGGCGAGUUCAACUGCUCGUCAGGGGAGGAAUAUGUAAGCAUCGAUUCGUUUGAAAGCGGAUGUUCGUGUGUUGGUUAGAAUUCCCUUGUUGAGUUAAGUUUUUUCUAUUUUUAUGGUCACAGAAUAAAAUGGUUUAGCCUGCAGAUUUCUA